AUGAAAUCCACAUUUUUCUUCUUUAUCCUUCUUGCAACAUUAUGUACGGUACUGGUGCCAAUUAACGCCGCAAAAGUUGCCUAUGCAUAUUUUAACCAUAAUGUCACAGGACGCUAUACAUUCAUUUGGAAUGAAGAUGUCAUGGAAAUCGUAAUUGAAAUUAAAGAUGGUUUAAAAUAUG